UGCAGAAGGGAUGUCAGUGAGGCAUCUAGUCCUGCCCCACACUGAAGAAAGAGCCAUCCAGAACUAACUCACAUAAAUAAGACUCCUAACCAGUUCCCAGUAUUCAGCCAAUAUUUAUUGGGUACUUGCCACAUGCCAGACAGUGAGAUGUCUCCAGAUGAUGAACCAGCCUCGGUGUGAGAGCCUUUCCCUUUUCAGGACCAGGGAAGCUAAAUACUAUAUGAGGACAUCCAAUCAGCCCGUGAAAGGGCCCACCUGAAGAGGCACUGAGUCAGCACCAUGAAGCCAGCUGCCUAAAUAUGACUAGAGGGAUAUUUGCUAAUCUGCACCUCUUUGACAGCACUCAAAACUUUUCUCUCCUCUUAAUGGCUCAAUGUACCAAGAACAUGGUCCAGUCAGUGUCUUCUUUAAAAGAGUUAUGUAGACUCUCUUCUCUUCCCACCUCAAUUUACCUGAAGAACAAAAAGAGGAGAGAAAGAGUUAAGAGUGAAAACUGUGUGUCCCCUCCACUGGUCUCCCAGCAUGUGAUAGGACAAAUCUCAGGAAUUUUCUGGGAUCUUGGACCAACAAGAAGCCAGAGACAGGUGUCCUUUACAGAAUACCAGCGUAGAUGGGGUUGGUGACGUUGCACCAUCAUUGGGUGGCUUACUUAAAGUUACAUUAAUCCAUUUGGGUAUAGUUGUAGAUUAUGACUUGCCAGCCAGAAGCCUGGAGUACUGGUUCCAGCCUUAUGAAUUACCAUCUAUGGUGGGAGUAAGAAUGGUUCUUAACUCCCAUUUAUAAGCCUUCCUCACCCAACUUCCUUACAUUCAGCAUACCCCAGCUAGACUGAUGGGUUCUACAUAACAUAAUAUGUUUGUGUAAAUGAUCAAAUAUUAUUGCAACACAAAUAAAAUUUUAUUCACAACAGUCUGUUCUCGAUAAAGUACUUCCACAGCACUCCUAAAAUAUACUGUUGUGAAAAGUACAGAGAGAAGGCUUCUGCCAAGGUAAGGCUCAUUUCCCACACCCCUGUCCUUUUCACCCUAUGGCUUCCCUCUUGAUGGCUUUGCCUUCCUAUUUUUCAAGUGGAACUCAUCAUUGGGUCAUCUUUGCAAAACGCCAUCCAGGAAGAAGCUCUGUCAUGUGUGCAUCGUGAAUUUGCUCAAGCAAAUCAGACUUCACAAGGAAUAAUUAGAUGUGAGGCCUAGGAUGGAAGAGCCGGCACCAGUGGAAGGCCAGGGCCAGCUCCCAAGCCCCCACCAGGGCUCUCUGAGGAAGGCUGUGGCUGCCGCCCUGGCCCUGGAUGGAGAAUCCACAUUGGGUCGCAGGAAAAAGAAGAAGAAGGAGUCCCGCCCAGAGUCUAUCAUCAUCUUCCGGUCAGAGAAUGAGAAACUGGGUGAGGAGCCUGAGGAACCAGAAGGCGGAGACCCGCGUAAAGAGGAGGAGGGAGAUGACUUCCUGGACUAUCCCGCAGAUGAUGGUAUGUGGAAUAUGCCUUUGGACAGUCGCUAUGUCACAUUAACUGGGACCAUCACACGGGGGAAAAAAAAGGGUCAGGUGGUGGACAUCCACGUCACACUGACAGAGAAGGAGCUGCAAGAAUUGACCAAGCCUCCAGAGUCAACAAGGGAAACAACACCGGAAGGCAGGAAGGCCUGCCAAAUGGGAGCAGACCGCGGGCCCCACGUGCUCCUCUGGACCCUGGCCUGCCUGCCAGUGGUGUUUAUCCUCUCCUUCGUUGUCUCUUUCUAUUAUGGCACGAUCACCUGGUACAACAUCUUCCUUGUGUACAAUGAGGAGAGAACCUUCUGGCACAAGAUCGCAUGUUGCCCCUGCCUCAUUCUCUUCUAUCCGGUGCUCAUCAUGGCCAUGGCCGCUUCCCUGGGCCUCUAUGCUGCUGUGGUCCAGCUCUCAUGGUCCUGGGGAGCGUGGUGGCAAGCUGCCCGGGACAUGGAGAAAGGCUUCUGUGGCUGGCUCUGCAGCAAGCUGGGGCUGGAGGACUGUUCUCCCUACAGUAUUGUGGAGCUUCUUGAAUCUGACAAUAUCUCAGGCAAUCUCUCCAACAAGGACCCCACCCAGGAAGUAGAAACUUCCACUGUCUAAACUUCAAACAACUUCUUUCCUUCUGUGGUUUCAGGAGCCUGAACAUCAUCUUCCAAUUCCAGUAAUUCCUUAAAUUAUCUCCUCCCCCUCAUAGUUCUUUUGGAAUAUUCUAAUGCACACUGAUCUGUCCUACCAUCUUAAUGGUUCCAGGCAGUCAGGGAACAGAAAAGCAAUGCAUGCCAAAGCAGUCCAUCCCACGAUGAACUCUUCUUCAUGUGACGUCCUAAAGUGGCCAUUCAUCUGGGACAGGGAGUACAGCUGUGUGCUGAAGGUGUGCAGGUGCCUGGAACCCAGGGGAGUGUGUGACUAACUAUGACAGGGAGGAUAAGGAGGCUUCAGGGAGACCACCAAUAAGUCCACCAAUAAGAUAACAGAUAGGCAUGGAGGGCAACAUUUCAGAAGCAGGGCUUCUGCACUGCAGCAGAAUGUAAAGAUCUGUGUAUACCUCUUAGAUUUUGAUUUAGCUGCAUAUAAUUAAAAUCCAAAAAAAUCAGUGGUUUAAACAAGAUGGAUGUUCUUUCUUAUGCAGGAGAAAUCUGGAAGCAGAUCAUCAGGGGCCCUGAUGAAGUCACUGAGGUCUCAGGCUUCUUUUAUUCCCCUACUGUUAGUAGAAUAUGGUCCUCAUUGUCCUUAUGUCAGGGCUGACUACAUGUCCAGCCGUGACGUCCAUAUUUUUGAUGGAAUAGAGGAAGGAGCAAAAAAGAACACCUCUUCUCUGUUUAAGGAGACUCCCAGAAGUCCCACUCAACACUUCUUAUGUCUCAUUGUUCAAUCCUUAGCCACAUGACCUCAGGAGCCAGAGAGGCUGGCAGGUGUAUUCUUUGGGCUGGGCAGCUAUACUACAGGCUAAAUAUUUGGGUUCUGGUGAUUUAAGAGAAAAGGAAAGAAUGGCUAGUUUUGUAGGAAAGUGAGGAUACUGUGAGGAAAGCCUCAUAGUAGUUAUUUAGAUACAUUCAAACCCAAACUGCUAAUAUAGUUUUUAUUUACUUUAGGCCUGAAUCUUACACAGUGAAUUUGUACAUAGAUACUAGCUCUAUUUACCUUGUAUGUGCUACAUAGAUAUUAGCAACUCAUGUGCUUUGCAAUGUAAUGUCAUGUGGUUUCAGGUUUUUUAGAAAGGGAGAGUGAAUAGUUGAAUACAAUUUUGUAAUACAAUGACGUUUUUCCUGGUGGUGAAGGUGGGACUAGGUGGUGAUAUUUAGUCUAAUCUGAGAUUAAAAGAGUAUGAAGGGAGGGAUUGCGUCCGUCAAAACCCCCCAACAUGGAUCAGUAGCCCGAAGCACAGAGAAGACAGAGUUCACUUUCUGUUGUUUGGAAAAACCUCACUCAGAGCUUUACCCACUCGGACCUUUCUGGAGUUUUAACAAACACAGUCUUUGCUGUGUUGAGAAGCAUGUGUCUUCCUGGCCCACUGUGGAAUGUAAACCAGAUGAAUUCAGAACUUCUUUUUUUUUAUUCACUCCUGAAGGUGUCUUUGCAAUUUCAACAAAAUUGAAUCCUUAGAGGUCAAGCAGAUUUUAGAGGUUUGGGUCCUUAAAAGGAUUACAGGUGCCCAUUUCUUGUUCAUGUCUCAGGAAGAAGCUGUUGAAAGGACUGCAUUGAAUCAAACCAGACAGGACGGGCAUGCUCUUGCACAGAAGGCCAGGGACAUUUGCCCAACAUAUGGGGAACUCCACCUUCAGAGGAACUGUUUCUUUCUUAUAACAAGUAUUAUUUGUUUGACCAAAAAAACCAAAACUCUGCAUUUUUGAAGAUAACCUUGGUGCUCUCUGGUGCUUUUGCACAAAUAUAAACAAUUGAAAUGAAGACAAAAUAAAAAUAAAAUCUGAUUAACAUUUGC